GAAAGAGAGAGAGAGAGAGAGAGGCGUUGAACAAUCCCGCUCUCUACCCUCCGUCUUCUUCUUCUUCGUUCUCGUUCUCGUUCUGUGGAACUCGUGCAUGGCGCGCUCUCACUCGCGAGUGUCGGCGGCGGCGGAAGAGGAGGCGGACAGCUGCGGCAGCACGAUCGUGACGGCGAUCGCGAUCGACAGAGACAAGAACAGCCAAUCCGCCGUCAAAUGGGCGGUGGAUAAUCUGCUCAAGAACAAGAGCUCCCACUGUGUUCUCCUUCACGUCAGGACCCACGGCGUUUAUUCAGGUGACGCGGACAUGGUGCCCAGCGGAGGCCGGAUGCCAACUGAAGCUGAGCUGCAGCAGUUUUUCCUUCCCUACCGUGGAUUCUGCGCACGAAGAGGGAUUACAGCAAAGGAAAUUAUCAUCCCCGACAUCGAUGUUCCCAGCGCACUGCUUGAUUACAUAGCUAAUAACUCCAUCAGCAAUGUUGUGGUCGGUGCUUCCAGUCGCAAUGCGCUUACAAGAAAAUUCAAAACUGCGGAUGUGCCGUCGAGCUUGGUGAAAUCUGCGCCACCAACCUGUUCUGUCUAUGUUAUAUGCAAGGAUAAACUUCAAACUGUUAGAGCGGCAACGAGGCAUCUCAUGUUAUCUUCUACAACGACUUGUAUGAAAGAUACACCGAAGAAGGGUCAUCCAAAGACUCCGGACUCUUUUGAUAUCAACAGGAGUACAUAUAGUGUUGACAGUUUGAGAAGUCAGAGCUCGGAUAGCACAUGCUCCGAGAAAAGUACUGAUGUUCGGCUGACGAACCUUGACAGCUGGAAGGAAAAUCGGUUACCCAUGGUGCGGACAUUGGAAGCUUACAUUACGGAGAGUUUUUCUGCUCAAAGUUCUUCGUCAGAUGCCACCAAUUUCUCAGGACAAUUAAGUUACCGUUCAUCUUCUGAUAAUGUACAAGGAUCCGCAGUGCCAGAGAAUUCCAUGGGCUCCUUCUCCUCACAUGCCUCUCGCGGCCUGGAAGCAGAAAUCGAAAAGCUAAAACUUGAGUUUAAGCAGUCCUUAUCUACUUACAACCUGGCAUGCAAAGAAGUGUCUGCUGCAGAACAGAAGGCUAAGGAGCUUCAGCGAAUGAAGACUGCAGAAGUUAUAAACUUCAUGGAACCGAAGCUUCGUAAGGAGGUUGCUUGGACUUCCCCAGCAGUUGGGAAGAAGGAGACAUCAGUGGCAAAGGGAAUGACACAGAUUAGAGAACGGCAACCGUCGUUGGAGGCCAACAAGGGACACAACGCAGAAGAUGCAACAAAUGUCAUGUCAGGAAAGAGGAAGAAAGCAGUAAAUGCUUUGGCCCAGAAGAAUGUUUGGUACAGAAAGUACACGAUCGAACAGAUUGAAGAGGCCACUGAUUACUUCUCGAAAUCUCUUAAGAUUGGUGAAGGAGGAUACGGACCUGUUUUUAAAGCCUGCCUUGAUCGCACUCCUGUGGCCAUCAAGGUCUUGAGACCCGAUGUUUCCCAAGGACUGCAACAAUUCCAGCAGGAGGUUGAGGUACUCAGCUGCAUGAGACAUCCAAACAUGGUCCUCCUUGUGGGUGCAUGCCCUCAGUACGGAUGCCUCGUGUACGAAUACAUGGACAAUGGUAGCUUGGAAGACCGAAUCUUCUGCAAGAACAACACUCCUCCGAUUCCUUGGAGAAGCCGUUUCAAGAUAGCAGCCGAAAUUGCGACAGGUCUUCUUUUCCUGCACCAGACAAAACCAGAACCCUUAGUGCACCGUGAUAUCAAGCCCUCGAAUAUCCUCUUGGAUUGCCACUAUGUGAGCAAAAUCAGUGACGUGGGUCUAGCGCGGCUAGUGCCGCCAUCGGUAGCCAAUAGAGUGACUGAGUACCAUAUGACGGCAGCAGCCGGGACAUUCUGUUAUAUCGACCCGGAGUAUCAACAAACAGGAAUGCUCGGCGUAAAAUCAGACGUGUACUCUUUCGGCGUGAUGCUGCUGCAGAUUAUUACAGCGAAGCCUCCGAUGGGGCUGGCCAUGCAAGUCGAAGAUGCUAUUGAGCGAGGAACGUUUCCACAGGUGCUCGAUCCAGCCAUAAACGAUUGGCCAGUGGAAGAAGCCCUAGCAUUUGCAAAGAUGGCCUUAAGAUGCUGUGAGCUGAGGAGAAGGGAUAGGCCAGAUCUUGGUUCGGAGGUACUACCGGAGCUGAACCGGCUGAAGAACUUUGGGUUGGAUGACCAAGCUCCUAUCGAGAAGACUCUGUUGCAUAACCCACAUCUGUAUAGCUCGGUGCCUGAGGUGGAAUCGCAAGGCCCUCAGAUCAAUGUGAGAGGAAGGUGGGGGCGCUUUAAGUCGAAGGCUGAGGCGUGGAGUCCGAAGGAUAGCUUCAGGAAAUCGAGGCCUCUCCCGCCUAGCAGAAAGCAAGCGGACAACAACCCAGGGAAGAUGCCGGUCGUCGAAGGCUGCUGGUCAUUCGUGAACUGUUCCACACCCACUCCUCGGGUGAAGAGAUUCAUGUCGUUCUCGUAAUAACGGUUGUCGAACCGAUUCGAACUGCACAGAAGUUCCUAGUAUCUAACUACUCAAAAGUUAUGUAGAUCACUAGCCAUGAGUUUUUACCGUGAGAGUCCUGUAAGCUAAGAGCCUCAGAGCCUUCUUGAAUGUCAACUUGAAACGAACCCAUCCCAUCUUGAGGUA